ACUGCAGUGUUGGACUUAGCGCGGUCCGGUUCAGUCCAGUCGAUCAUCUCUCACCUUCUUGGGAGAAGUUCCGCGGAGGAAGAAGACUGAAGACUGAUCCACUUUGAUCUCCGGACACAACGCACUUGGGAGCGGGGGUUGAUUCAUGGCAUUGGCGAUGUGUAGAAAGUGGAAUUAAGGUGUGCGAAACGGUGUUCAAGAAGUGUGCCGGUUGGCGGUGCAGUGCGGUGAUCUACGACUACGACGCAACAGAAGUUGUGAUUGAUUGCUGGGCCAAGAAUUAAUGUUCUGAGAACGAUCUUGCGGCGGUGCGGUGUUGAAGUGCGAAAUAAAACGUGACGUGAUCGUGGCGCGGCGUAAUUCUACCGCUAUGAUGGAUUAGAGGGGUAGCCGUCGACGGAGAAGAAAGGCAGAGUUCCAGAAGAGGGGGUUUGCGGAGUUUGACAUAAGUCACGAAUAUCUCUCAGUGUUCUACUUCUUAGCGCGCGCGCCAGAUUGCAAAGAUCAUGAGGAAAUUGUGAACGUACAACAUCAACUAUACGGAAAGAGGGCCAGCGAGUUGAGUUGUUGACAGCUAGCGGGCUCAGCGAGUGUUGAAACCAGAGGUUCCAGAGUGGCCAAUUUUUGCGACCACCCCCCAUUACAUCCCAGCAAAGGAAUCCGGCGGCGACGGCCGGCACUAGAAAACCAUGGGAAAUUCCGGCUACACGUGCAUACGGCGGAUGUUUUGCUCGUUCAACGUACUGAUAUGGAUUUGCGGCGGUGGCUUUCUGGCGAUCGGAGUGUGGCUGCGGUUCGCGGCCCCGGGCUAUGCCACGUUGCUCCCGGACCAUGCCGGGCUCAGUGCGGACUACGUGUUUAUGGCCAUUGGUGCCAUUAGUUUCGUCAUCGCUUUCUUCGGCUGUUGUGGGUCCUGGUUCGAGUCCAGGUGUUUCCUCAUCAUAUACUUUAUGCUGGUGGUGAUGCUGUUCCUCAGCGAGUUCCUGCUGGGUUCGCUCGCGUUCGUGUUCCGUGGUGGAAUCGGCCGGAUGUUGGUGCACGAGCUAAAGUACGGCAUCGAGAAGCACUACAACGUGACCGACCGGGGAGGAAUCCUGGCACCGUCGGUCGCGUCGAUCUGGGACAAGCUGCAGGUGGAGUUGCAAUGCUGCGGAGUAUCCUCCUACGAAGACUGGUACGAUAUUAGUGCUUGGCCUGGUGAACGUUGGGUUCCCCGCUCAUGCUGCCGCCCACGGUAUGGUUCAGUUUACACGGAAGGCUCCGGCGAUGAUCUGGCGGGUGGCGAUUGCCGCAAAUCCGGCGAUCCUUCGCUGCUGUGGGACAAAAGUUGCGGCCAAAUUCUCCAAAUGUGGUUCAUCCAGCGACUACACGUCGUUGGUAUCGUCGGUCUAGUCAUAGCAUUUCUACAGCUAUUUGGUCUGAUAUCCUCGAUGCUGAUAUUCUGCACCGUCAAGCACAAACGAAAAUCAUCGAAAACGUACAAGUCUUACUCGCCUUCGGUGGAUACGACCCUGAACCGAAACAGCACGGGGACGUAUCUGGACGAUUGAUAUUAGCUGCAUAUCCGGGUUUCGGGUUCUACGAUGAAAAGCAAGACGCACCCACGAAUAUUGAAUUUGAUGUAGGAAUACUCAAGAAUCUUCCACGUAGACUACAAGAGAAGUAGUGAAAAUUUACUGUAAAUGGUGAUGAAAUCGAAUCCUUAGAUUAAGGAGAAGCUGUGCCAAAAACUAAUUCACAAUAAUUGAUAAUUUUUAAAUCCGUACUCGUUAGGAAAUUGAUGAAAUACAAAAUACGAAAUAAGUUUAAGGUGAGAUCAACAAAAAACGAACAACAUAAGCAUCAAAUUAAGCAAUAGUGAUGUGGAAUCGAAGAUCGUGCUUUCAAGUUUUAGUGCGUAAGCAACAAAUUUUAAGUUAUUUAUGAAAACAAGAGCGUCUGCGCUCCCCUUCCCCAAAUCAAAGCUGGAAUGUUCCAUUCCAACGUAGCAACAUUCCAAAGUAGCAGUUGUAUUUACACCAGUGAAAAUAAAACAUCGAUAUAUAGUACUAAAUAAAUAAAUAA